UGAAGGCGGAGCGAGCGGUCGCCCUCGUCCCCUUCCCCCGCGUCCUCUCUCUCAUUCGUCGUCAGAUCUUUAAUGGCUUCCUCCUCGAUUCCGCUCGCAACUGUGCGUUGCGGACCGCUCUCGUUAGCUUCCUGAAGCGAAAAACCCCCCCGCCCCCACCAUAUUCCCUGUUUUCUUCUCCUCCCCGGUGCUCUAAUUUCGCGUUUCUUUCGUCGAUUUGCUCACAAGAUCUUGAGUCAAACGCGAACACACCGACUGGAUGUUGAACGUGUCGGUGGAAAGACCAAACCUGUGAACGAUCGUUCACUCUUUGAUGCAGUUUUGGUAGUUUUCAUUUCCUUUGUUCCUUUCUUCGGUUUCUUGGUUCCUUGCGGAUCCUGUGAUGGAGGGCGAGGCAGCGAAGGGGGGAACAGAGCGGCUGUUAUUGGGAAUGGAACGAUCCGCGAGAGAUUUUUUGCGGCGAUUCGUUGGGAAUGGAUACGGAGACGAGACGACGGAGGUGACGGAAGGGGACUCCGAUGAGAUCGAGCUUAGCCUCGGGCUCUCCCUCGGUGGGUGCUUCGGCGCGGACCCCAAGGGGAAGAAGCUGGUCCGCUCGUCGUCGAUCGCGUCCUUCACGUCGCUUCCGUGGGAACCCGAGUUCCCGGUCGUCCCGACUGCCGCCCUGACGAGGACGAGCUCGCUGCCUACGGAGACUGAGGAGGACCGGCGGAAGCGGAAGGAGAUGCAGAGCUUCAAGAGGUUGGAGGCGAAGCGGAAGAGAUUAGAGAGAAGGAAUUCGAUCAGGUCGGGGGCGGCAAAGGCUGGGGAAAAACCAGACGAGGAAGUGACGGGUUCGAUGGCAGCGGCGGCGGCGGACCAUGUCGCAGGCGCAAGAAAUGGGGUUACUCCUCCAGGUCUGCCGGCUUGGACGGUGGGUGGGUCGAAAAGGGCGGCUGCUCGGCCUGUGGACGUGCCUGGGAACUUUCCGCCGAUCUCACAUGGAUCUCUUGGAUCGCAGGGGAGCAGCACCGCCGGCGCGUGUGCCUUGGGCAACCGGGCACCGCAAGGGUUUGGCAUGACAGAAACGAAGAACUCCUCCAUGAUCCACUCGGUGCGCAAUGAAACACCAACCAAGCAAGUUGCUGUAAGAGCAAAUGGGAUAAAGGAGAUGGAGAGGAAGAUGAUGGAGAAGAUGCCAUUCGUGUCUACCAGAGGCGAUGGGCCCAACGGGAGGAGGAUCGAAGGCUUCCUGUACAAGUACAGGAAGGGGGAAGAGGUGAGAAUAGUGUGCGUGUGCCAUGGCAGCUUUCUCACCCCUGCCGAGUUCGUCAAGCACGCCGGUGGCCACGACGUCACCAAUCCCCUCCGCCACAUCGUCGUCAACUCCUCCCCAUUCUCCUUGUUGUGACCAUGGACUUCGAUCGUCACAGAAAAGAAGAAAACAUAAUACCAAGAGAUGCGUUCGGGUGUACGUGUUCUUAGCUGUAGCUAGUAGCUCGAGGAGGCCGAAUCCUGCAGAAGCUGCAACUGUGGGGGGAUAUGCAUAAACAAGACGAGAACCAAUUUGUUGGUACUAUUUCAGAGGUAAUGGAACAGCAGAGCAUAUAUUACAUCCAGUCAAUACUAGCAAGCAAUUAGCAUUCUUCCAUGGAGGAACAACGCCAGCUGCUAAGAUUUGGUCAAAAAAAGGAACGCAAUAGAACAAGAUGUUUAAGAGACGGACAACUUGUGGAUCUCUUCCAAAAGGUAGCUCGACUCAGCUGCGCAGUCCACAGGAGCCUCAGCCCUGACCGUUAUCCUCUGCCUCCUGUCAUUCAUGAACUCGGUGUAUGCAACGCUGACCCGGAACAGGUGCGGAACCCAUGUUGCUUCUUUCAGUUUGAGUUGGUAUUUCUCGUCACCUUCCUGCACACAUCAACAAGGGAACAAAGAUGACUGAGCCAUGGAUCAAGAACAAGCAACGGAUCUUACUGGUUGUACUUUCGGAAGUAGUUACCUCUGUUUUUACCCUGUCAAGCUCAUCAGCAGAGCAUCCCAUGAUUUUCUCUGCCGGCUCAUUGAAAACCGAAAGCCAGGCUUCACCUGAAGGAUCCGAGACCUUUACCACCAUUAUAUAUCUGUACAGGCACAAUUGGACAUUAGGAAGUGUGAGAGCUAAUGCAUGCUUGCUUCUCUUUCUUCUA